AGCCUCAGCCUCAGCCUCCGCCUCAAUAAUUAGUAUUGCUUCAUCUGCAGAUCGAUCAAAAUGUCUUCAGAUCAGGCGGCGUUGAUGUACCUCAGGCGACCCAGCUCGGUCUCGGACGACGCCAUUUUGCUGAGAGAAAUCAUGGCUACCCACGCGCCGGCCACCACCAAGGUUGAUGUCAAGUCCAUUCUACGUGCCGUCAAGUCCAUUGUCUACAGCACUUCCUCCUUCAUUUCAACUGAGGAGAACAUUGUGAAAGAAGAAGCCUAUCGCAAUGGUGGCUAUGGUCGUAUGACUACAGAUGUAUUGGAUGCCAUUCAAAAGGUCUCUUGCGAGAUUGUGUUGUAAUGUCAGGUUGGACGCUUACAACCAUGGCCAUAUUGCAAAGCUUCUCUUCUAACUUCGCAGUGGAAGUCAAAUCAUUCCUGGCCAAUAACAACUGCCGCCCCCGCAGCAUUGCAGCAAAGUAUGGAGUUUUUUCCAAUUUUUGGAUCCAAGGGACCAAAAAGCUAUCUUAAAACUGAACUUCCUGGCCAACUUCCUACGGGUCCAACCAACAACAAUAGCAUCAUUGAGUCGCGUGGAUCUUUUAAGGCAACUGGGCAACCAUAGACUAUUAGAGGACUCAUUUUAAAACACCUCUUUGCUCCCUUAGUAAGAGGGGUUUAGUGUGAGGUGUACAAGUCCAAUUUCAUACCCAUGGGUGAGGACUCCUAUGACGCCUUAACUAAACUGUAACUUUGUAUUAUCUGAUCAAACAUCUUCUACAUUGACGAACGGUUCUUUUUUUUUUUCCUUUCUUCUCUUUCUUUUAUUUUUUUUUUGUUAGAUUGUGAUGACCCUUACCCCCUCCAUAUUUACUGUUCAUCAGCGGCAUUGCUUUUUGCACAAGCAUUUUAAGCUCUAGAAUACAGCCUGUGCUAAUUACAGAGUUUCAAAACUUGGCUGUUGACAUUGAAAGGAGGCGUAAAAGCUUUGAAUAUCAACUCACUCUUAGUUAUCAGCAAAACGUUCAUCAAAUCAUUACAACCAUCUUCACAACAACAACCUUGAGUACAAUAACCACAAACAUGAUAGAUAUACUGAUUUAUUCCAUGGAUGAUCAACCACCACUCCGUGAGUACUGCUCAUCUAAAGAAUGGGUUAACAUCGAGGUAUUGAGGGGGAAGAAAGUGUUGCUGUUAAUAUCUAAUCUAAGCAUCUCUGAUGAAGAACUAGAAAUUCUAAAAGAGAAGUUUGAAAUGGUGCAUGAAAGAGAGCACGGCUUUUAUGCUAUAGUGUGGCUCCCCAUCACAACAGUGGACCUAACUAAAGACACAUCAUUCAAUAACAAGAGAGUAAAGAUGAUAGGAUACACAGUGCGCCAUCCUUUACUACCUGAUGCUUGGGGGAGCAAAGAAGAGGCCGUUUUGAUGCUUGUGGACGAGCAAGGGAAGAUUGUGUGCACUAAUGCCUUACAUAUGUUUCGAAUUUGGGGAUAUAGGGCAUUGCCCUUCACUGGAGUUAAGGAGAGAGAAUUGUGGAGGGAAGAGAAGUGGGGCAUUCGACUGCUAUUAGAUACUGUUGAUUCCUCCACAUUGAAUGAGAGGAGAAAUGAAGACAUGAUUUGUAUGUAUGGAGGAGUGAACAAGGAAUGGCUCCUAGCCUUCAAAACAGAAGCAAAAAAAAUCUUUAGCGAAAGGGACAUGAUUUAUGUGGGGAAGUCCAACUCCACAAACGAACAACUUCUAGACCUUUUGACCUCACACAAUGUCAUAAAAGCAUGGAAGCAGUUCAAGACAGUCUACCACUUCUGGGCCCGUCUCGCUAGCAUUGUCCAAGUCGGCCACCAGCUUGUGCAUACAGGAGAAAAUGAUGUCAUCUUGAGUAAGGCAAAGAUCUUGUUGGCCCUCGAUUGCCACAAGGAGGGGUGGGCCUUAUUUGGCACUGUCGGAGGGGCAGAGACAAUUAUGGCGGCCGGUGAGUCGGCUUUGGCAGCAUUGAAGAAAUGCACAGAGCGGCAGACGACGGAGACUAAAGGCAAAAGUGGGUUGGUGGUGACGCUAAAAGAGUAUAUAGAGAGUAAUAAUAUGGGCAUUAUGUGGCCGCGGGCGACGCACCAUUGCUGUUGUCUGCUGACGGCGGAAGGCUUCGACUUAAAGCACUCGAAGCCACCAUUGUGCGCUCAAUGCAACCAGCCGAUGGAACAGUACUCCAUGUUCCGAUGCUGCAGGCACCCUUAGUAUUUGAUUAAGUUAUUUGGAGGCUACUUAAUUUUUCAAGUAUAAUUUUCUAUGCAAGAUUGAAAAUACAAAAUGAGCAUUGCAAUUAUACUUUUACUAAUAUUGAAAUAAGCAUUGCAGUUUUAUUUAAGUGUAAGGCUACAUUUAAAUAUGCUCUCCUUAUAUUGUAAGAAGAUAUGUUUCCGUCAAUUCAUUAUUGGUUUGAGUUUAA